CUAUAUAUAUAGGGAUAUGGAUGCUGCAAGUGGAAAAUAACCUCAUUGGAGAGGCUAAAACGGAAGAGCACACUAGUGGUUUCACUUGUGUCACUUGCACUGACUAAUUGUACGAGCUCGCCACGUACUGUCUCACCAGCUAGCAUGGCGACAUCGCCGUUGCCACGUUGGGCGGCGACGCCGAGCCCGUCGCGCCCGCUGUGGCGUUCAUCCGGCGGCGGUGGCGCCAUCGUCAGUAAACUCCUGCGUUCCCCAUUCACCACCGUGCUCGAGGCUGUCCGCGGGCGUGCUGCCCCCGACGACACGCCGCCUCCUGUACAAGCUCCACCGGCGCCGGAGCACAACUGCGCCGGCGCGUUCGACGGUAUCGCCGUCGUCGCUGGAGAUGGGAGGGAGGAGCGGCUCGACGGGGGCGUGUUCCUGACGUGGGAGGACGUGUGGGUGACGGCGGUGGACAGCGGGGGGAAGGCCGCCACCAUCCUCAACGGCGUCAGCGGCAGCGCGCGCCCCGGCGAGGUGUUGGCCAUCAUGGGCCCCUCCGGCUGCGGCAAGACUACGCUGCUCGACACCCUUGCCGGAAGAUUGGAUUCAAACUUGAAGAUGAAAGGGCAAAUUCUGGUUAACGGUCGAUGUCAGCAACUUGCAUUUGGAACCUCGGCGUACGUGACACAAGAGAACGUGCUAAUGGCGACACUAACAGUGCGCGAGGCCAUCUACUACUCGGCACAGAUCCAGCUGCCAGACACCAUGACUAUGGCAGAGAAGUUGCGGCGCGCCGAUGAAACGGUGAGGGAGAUGGGACUCACCGGCACGCUGGACACUCGGAUCGGCGGGCGGUCAAGCAAGGGCAUCAGCGGUGGGCAACAAAAGCGGUUGAGCAUCUGCCUUGACAUCCUUACACGUCCCCGGCUGCUGUUCCUCGACGAACCCACCAGCGGCCUCGACAGCGCCGCCUCCUUCCAUGUCAUGAGUCGCAUCAUAGGCCUCGCUGCCAGGGAGGGCAUGACAGUCGUCGCUGUCGUGCACCAGCCAUGCAGCGAGGUGUUCGAGCUCUUCCAUGUCCUUUGCCUGCUCGCCGCUGGGAACACCAUCUUCUUUGGCCCAGCUUCAAUGGCUGCCGAGUUCUUUGCUUCAAAUGGCUACCCUUGCCCUCCAAUGAGGAAUCCAUCAGAUCAUUUUUUGAGGACUGUGAACAAAGAUUUUGACAAGGAGAGUGAAGACAGACUCCGGUGCAUGCCAGCUGUUGCAGAUGAAGCAAUAGACAUUUUGGUGAAUUCAUACAAAUCCUCCAACACUUCGGAAGUCGCAAAACAGGACAUGCGUCACAUAAACGAGAUGGAUCGGGUGACGAUUGGAAGAAACCGAGCUGGUUUUAUUACCAAGACACUUGUCCUUACCAGACGUUCAUUUGUUAACAUGUAUAGAGAUAUUGGAUACUAUUGGUUGCGGAUGGCCAUUUAUAUUUCCAUAAGUGCUUGCCUUGGCACCAUAUUUUACAAUAUGGGCUAUGGAUCCGAUUCAAUUCGAGCUAGGUCAUCAAUGUUAAUGUUUAUUAGCACCAUGCUAACCUUAAUGGCAAUUGGAGGGUUCCCAUCCUUCGUGGAGGAUAUGAAGAUCUUUAGCAGGGAAAGGCUAAAUGGACAUUAUGGUGUAACCACAUUUGUCAUCUCCAAUACAUUGUCAUCCACACCAUAUCUUCUUCUUAUUGCCAUAAUACCUGGUGCAAUUGCGUAUUAUCUUAGUGGCUUACAAAGGCAAAUUGAACAUUUUGUCUAUUUUACGUUAGUACUUUGUUCAUGCACAAUGCUAGUGGAAGGCCUGAUGAUGAUCGUAGCAACCAUCGUACCAGAUUUCCUAAUGGGGAUCAUAACAGGUGCUGGUAUACAAGGUAUUAUGAUGCUCACAAGUGGAUUCUUCCAACUUCCUAAUAGCCUUCCAAACAUAGUAUGGAAGUACCCAAUGUACUACAUCUCCUUUCACAAGUAUGCACUGCAGGGGUUUUACAAGAAUGAGUUCUUAGGUUUAGUACUCAACCUUGAAGGACCCAUAACAGUUAGUGGCGAGAAAGUUAUUGCUGAGUUAUUUCAAGUGGAAACAGGUCAUUCAAAAUGGGUAGAUCUUGCAGUACUUUGUGGUAUGAUUAUGACCUAUAGACUAUUGUUUGUAGUGAUUAUCAAGGUUCUUGAUAUAGUCAAGCCCAUACUUAAGGGGAUGACAUUUAGGUGCAACACUAAAUGCAUUCAUGGCAUAGAGAACCUUUGCGCCCCCUCGUGAUUCUUGUUGGAAAAUAGUAUAUCUAAUAUUGUAAUAUUGCUUGGUGCACUUAUAUACAGCGAGAAAAAAAUGUAGUAUUGUAUUUAUAUUACUCAAUAUAAGUAUGUGACUAUAUUGUGAACA